AGAGACUUUAAACACAGAGAUCUCUCUCUGAGUGGGUUGGACCAUGAUGUUUGAUGUUCAGUACCUUGUUAGUUCAUGCAAUUGUUGUUGAUACUUUAGUGGCUGAAUGCUGCAAAGUCCUCAAAUGUAACUGGGUAAGAUUGAAAUUCCGUUUAUGCUUUACAAAACAAUCAUACCGCAACAUUAAUUUUCUGCCCAGUUAGCAGGUAGAUUUGCUUUUAGCCAAAUCCUUUUAGAGCAAGCCAAAUAAUUUGUUUUCAAAAGUUAUCCUAGCUCAGGAUUCACUGUUUGAAUGUAAGAUGCCAAUCAUUUGAGUGUGUGUGAAGUAGUCUGUGUCAUCAUUAACUGCUUUAACUAGGGAUCACAUGGUUCUACAUUACAUCUGUAGGGGAAUAUAGCUACUUUGGAAAUCUCAGCUAAACGAUGAAGGAAAAUGUUCUCGUUAAAUUCGUAUCAGCAAUAUAUACAUUACAAUAUAUACAUUACAAUGUCAUGUUAUGGAAGUCUUGCGUCUAUCGCUGCAUUUCUGCCUUUAUUCUUCAGAGGCAUGAAUGUUGUGUGUGAGGGGUUCUGACUCAGCUGAAUCAACCCCCAUAGAUACAUAGAAUGGCUCUGAUGGCCUUGUUUACCUGUGUUAAUGCUGAUUGUGUUUACAUCCUCUCCAUGCUCAACAUUACUUCCUGUUGCCUUAAAAUUGUUACUCUUAUCACAACCAGCCUUAGAUCGGUUGCUACAGCCUUGUUGAAUAAACACUCCUUAAACUCCUUCACUGAAGUUGAAUAAUGUACACGUGUACACACACACUGAAUGACUGUUAAAAUGAUGUGCUAUACACACACACACACACAGACUACCAAAGCACAGGUGGCUGAAUGUACCUUAAUUGGGGAAGACGGGUUCAUAGAAAGUUAUCAAAUGUGGUUAAAGAAGGUGGAACAGGGUGCUGGUCUGGUUCUGGGUUUCUGGACUGUGUGUUUGAGUGUGAUGUGCUGUCCCCAGUUUCCUUCGGCGUGGUCCUGACCUGGGAGGGGAGCAGCAGUUCAGUGUUGAGGAGAACGAGACGCCGUACUCUGGAAGCAUACACCAUUGCCACCGCAGACACACACACUACGACAACAGCCAGGAGACUUACUGUCACACACACAGCAAGAACAAACACAGAGCCCCUCCCUGUCCUGUAGAUGAGUUGGAUCUCUGUCUGCACAACCCCCUGGAGACAGACAGCAACACCUCUCCCUGGCCUUCACUACAUGUCAACAUGGACAACAAGGCAGAGGAGAAGCAGUUGUCUGAGAAGUCUCUCCAGCCCUCCUCUCCCCGCAGCUCUCCAGACCAUCUCAAGUGUAACAUCUACAAAGCUCAGAUGGAGGCUGUCUUUAGGGAUGCUCCGCUGACACCCAGAGGGAAGACCUGUAGUCAGGAGAUCAAUGACAGGUAUCAGAGCUCCAGUCAGGACUCUCGAGACUCUGCCACUUCCAGUCUGACCACAGAGAAAACCUCCCUCCGCCCUGACCACAACUCAACCACAGACAGACCCGCCAAGUCUAACCCUAACACCAACCGCAGGAAAAGACUGGUCAGACAGUUCAGCUUUAACCAUGAGGACGAGGAUAAUCUCCCAGAGGCCCUUGCAGCGAUCUCUUCCCGGAGCACUGGGAAGUGUGGAUCUAACAACUCACUGGACAACCAGACACAACCCUCCAUAUACCCUCAGGAAACAAACACACAGAUGGACAUGCCGAUACUGGAGCUGAGGAGUCCAUGCUGUGAGCGUUCUCACUCUCCCCACCUCUCCCCUUCCUUCUACCACACCUCCAUCCCUCCCCUGGUACCCUGCCUCUCCUCUCACAUCAACAGCGGGGAGGAGAUGAGGUUGGGCAGAGAGAAGAUUCUCAGGGCUCUCCUGAUGACGGAGCUCUGAGUCCGUGACCCCUAUGACAUCAUGGAUGCCUCAUGGACCUGGUGUGAGACGACCUUCAGGAGUCCCACGUCCACUGGCUGCACUCAGCAGUCAGCAUUUACUGUACAUAAUGCAGUCAACCUUUCUAGAUUUGCAUACAAAAUAAUUUGCUUAAGUGUUAUUUUAAAAGGAACAUUUUUUAUGUCUACCCACACUACACCCUGUAAAAACAUGCUCCCACACUACACACCCUGUAAUAACAUGCUCCCACACUACACACCCUGUAAUAACAUGCUCCCACACUACACACCCUGUAAUAACAUGCUCCCACACUACACACCCUGUAAUAACAUGCUCCCACACUACACACCCUGUAAUAACAUGCUCCCACACUACACACCCUGUAAUAACAUGCUCCCACACUACACACCCUGUAAUAACAUGCUCCCACACUACACACCCUGUAAUAACAUGCUCCCACACUACACACCCUGUAAUAACAUACUCCCACACUACACACCCUGUAAUAACAUGCUCCCACACUACACACCCUGUAAUAACAUGCUCCCACACUA